UGCCAAAUACAUGGAAUAUUAUGAACCUAGAGAUCUGAAAGCUUUCUCUGCUGAGCCAUUGCUGAUCUAUCCAACACAUUACACUGGACAAGCAGGCUACCUCAGUGACACAGAGACAUCCACCAUCUGGGACAACGAGACUGUGGCCACUGAUUGGGACCGGACACUGUCCCGGAAAUCACGGCAACAGGGCCAGAUCCAUAAAGACGCCCAGAACAAGAAUGCCUUGCCACCUGGACCUUCCCUUGAGGUGUCAUCCACCAGAGAUGAGCUAUGAUUGAUAACUGGAUCAGCGUCAAGUUACUGGAAACAUCAGUGGGACUUCUAGAACUUCCAGAGAUAUUGACACGCUAUCUUACUUGGCAAAAUAGUUUGAUAUGACUUCCUUGAAGGCGUUUGUCUCAUUUUUUCAGGGUGCUUGGAUGAACCUGACUGAAUCAAAGGUAGUAUAUAUUUUUUUAAAAGAAAUUAUUGAAAGGAGCCCUGGUUUUUGGCUGAUUGGCUUGUACUAAAGGAAAUUAUAUGGAGCUGCUGGAAAACUCUAGAAGGAAAUGAGGUUAUACUCAGGACAAAGAUUCCUUAAGCAAUGCCUUUCUACAAUUCUUGGUGUAGAAUUAUUGUAUUUAUAAAAAGUAAUAUAUACAAGAAUUGGGAAGGGUCUGCCAUUAUUUUUCCACGUUGAUUAUUGGUCUGUUGUCUGCUGCAUUGCCUGAAUUCUUGCUGGUUCUGAUUUUGUGAAGUCAUAUUCUGAAGCAGAA